AUGCUUCGUAGUAAAACAAACACUCUAGUCAAAAUAGGGUUUGCCAUGGCAAUGAUAGCUAGCCUGACAGUUGCAUCAGAUAUGAUGAGUCUAAGCUCAAGUGAACCAAUAUUUGUGGUUGAUUAAGAUAAGCAUCUCGGUGAAAUUACAAUCGUAUAGCCUGAAAAAUACUUGAACCUAGCAGCUGUGCAAGAUGAUGCCUCUUCUGGUUCUAAACCUGCAGGGGGGUCAACAGCUUCUGAUGAUGAUUAACCAGAUCAUAAGCAUUACAAUAUUCUGUCAAUUGAUGGUGGAGGUAUUAGAGGUAUCAUCCCAACUGUGCUUAUUCAAUACAUUGAAACUGAGUCAUAUGCUUAUGCCAGAAAUAUGUCUUAUAUUAAAGAAGAUUCCAGAGGAAUUAUAGAGAUGAAGGACCUUUUCGACAUGGUAGCUGGUACUUCCACUGGUGGGCUCAUAACCACUGCUUUGGUUACUCCCAAGGAAGUCAACUCCAAAGAGGCUUACAAUGCUUCAUUCGUUAUGAGUAUUUUUGAAGAUAAAGGUGCUGAAAUUUUCAAGAGUCAGUCCAUCAACAAGGGAUUGCUCGGUAUUAUGAUCACUAUUAUGAUCAUGAUUGGAGGUGUCCUUGGCUAUAGACUUGGUAAAAACAUUUUUGCCAACUAAUAGGUAGAGGAUACUAACUACAAGCUUAGACAUUACAUCAAGGAAGCUAAGAAGACUGCUAAGCACGAUGAUAAAAUGCACGAUUCUGAAACUAAGACAAGCGCCUUGGGCUCUCAGUUGCUCAAGCAUAUGUCAGUUGCCUUAACUAAAAAAGUUGAAUAAAUUCAUUAUGAACUUAUUCCAGAAGGACAAAAAUUGCAAGAAUUAGUUGAGUCUCACGACUACUGGAAAAUCAAGGAGGCUGAGAGACUUUUGCAAGAAAGAGAAGGUAAAUACAGAGAAAGCAAGCAAAAGAAGUGGAUAUUCUGUGUAUUCGGACUUAUACUCGGAGGUGCUCUUGGCUACUACAUCCCAGUAGCUGUCUACUAUCUUGGAAAUUCUAACUAUAACAGAACUGUAAUUGAUACCUACUUAAAGUCAUUCUUCGGACAUGCCAAAGUCUCAGACAUCCUUACAGAUGAGUGCCUCAUAGUUGCCUACUCUUACAAUGCUCAACAACCAAGAUUCUACUCUAAGUAUGAGGUUUCAAAGGAUCCAUAAAUUUAUGAUGUUGGUCUAGAUAUUGCUGCUGGUGGUUCUUCAGCUGCUCCAGGUUACUUCGAUCCUAAAGUAUUUGAGAAUGGCAGAGGAGAGACUGAAGUACUUGUUGAUGGAGGAAUUAUUGCUAAUAACCCAAGCAUGUAUGCUUUUAUUUUCGCCUCAGAAAUGAACAAAAAGAAGAACAUUAGAGUUGUCUCAAUUGGAACUGGACAAGUUAAGCAACCAAUGAUUGAUCCAGAUAAUGUAAGCAUUCUUACCUGGGUUGAAAAUCUUGGCGAUUUGAUUGUUGAUGUUGAAGUCACUGCUCAUGCUUAUUUCACUGAAUUCCUUGCUGGCAAGUACCAUAGAUAUCAAGUUGAAACAGAACUACCACUUGACGCUGCUGACGGUGAAUCUAUUAAGGCACUUAAGAAACUUGGUAAUAAUCUUUUAGAGCAAGAAAAAGAAAAUCUUGAUAUCCUUAUUCGUGAGCUUGUUGAGGAGAGACUAUCUCCAAAAGCUAAAUAGACAGCUAAAUGA